AUGUAUGCUCGCAACGACAAGCUCCUGACAUAUGAACCGGCCAUCGAGGGACGGAAGCGGAUCGAGCCAGCAAUCAAUCCAAAGCGAGCAGUGAAAUCUCCCUUCUUCAGUUCGACGACUCACCCAACCGUGACAGACCCGGCAGUGGUGCCGGUUACUGUCACGCCGUCACCGUCAUCGGCCAAGAAAAGGGCCCGCCCACCACGAGGCGCUGUCUCUGGUCUCCCCAUCCCGCCCCUCUCAGCCAGCCGCUUCGGGCUUAUCCAGGAGGAGCUAGCCGACGACCCUUUCCGCGUCCUGGUUGCCGUGACGUUUCUCAUUCGCACGGCAGGCAAGGUCGCCAUUCCCGUCUUUUACGAGCUGAUGGGCCGCUUCCCCGGCCCCGCCGCACUCGCCGCUGCGGACCCGGCCGGAAUCAUCUCCCUCAUCCGCCCCCUCGGCCUGUCCGCUGUCCGCUGCGCCGCCAUCCAGAAGUAUGCUCGCGCGUGGCUCUCACGGUCACCCACCAGAGACAAGCGGUACGGCGUCAAGAACUACCCCCUUCCCGGCGACGGCCGCCACGUUCGGACCGGGGAAGAGUUUGGUCCAGAAGGGGCCACAGGGGCUGCUCGGGCGCUGGGGUGCGCGUGGGAGAUCGGCUACCUCACUCAGGGACCCUACGCGCUCGACUCCUGGCGCAUCUUUUGCAGAGAUGUGCUGCUCGGCCGGGCCACGCACUGGACCGGAAAGGGGAGUGCCGACCCUACCUUCCAGCCGGAGUGGAUGCGUGUCCUGCCAAAGGAUAAGGAGCUGCGCGCUUGUCUGCGGUGGAUGUGGUUUCGAGAAGGAUGGGAGUGGGAUCCCCUAACAGACGAACGCCAGCCUCUCCGCGAGGAAUUACGAAAGGCUAUUGAUGGAGGUCAUGUAGGAUACGACGAUCAUAGCAGUUUAAUUAUUCUAGACCAGCAAUUAGAGGAUCUUAGUUAG